AAACACAGCAAACCAACCCACACACAGACUUGUAGUUCAACGAUAUCAUAUGGCUGAAGAAUUUGAGACCGGGGUUUGCGGCGGGAACUGGUGGAACAACCUGAUGAUGAUCAGCAACCCCUCGCGAGCUGGCGGCGGCGGUGGCGGCUCUUCGUUUUGCUCUCCCGGCAGCAUACUUGCGGCGGAUUUCGGUGGGCCAUGGAAGGUCGACGACGUCGUUUCCAACAACUCCUCCGUUUCGGAUGGCUCCGCUGUCUUCCAGAACGAUUCCGACAGCGGCGGGAGCAGCGGCGGCGGCGGAGGAGGAGGAGGACUUCCGAUGGACUCCACCGCUCUUCAGCUCAUGGGGUUCGGCGCCGGCCUCUCGUCCUCCUCGCCGUCUUCCUCCGACUGGAAUCACCACCACCAGCAACAACAGCAGGCUGCUGCCGCCUUGAUGAAUGGAGGAGGGAGUGAUAGGAUCGACCAUGGGAGCAACUACGAUUGGUGCAAUCAAACAACCGAAGAUCCACUGCUCAACAAUCAUCAUCAUUUCUUCAACAUCGACCAACAACAGCCGCCGCCGUCGCUAGACGACAAUAUGUCGGUCGCUGCGACGACGACGGCGGCGACAGCUUCGUAUGGUGGUGUGUAUCCUUCGACGCUCAUACAAGGCUUGUUCGAGUCCGAUGCUCCCUUCCAGCCGUCGCCGGCGCCGCUUUUUAGCGACAGCUUGUUGCUAAACGAGUUUUCAUCAUCUCAAGCCAAAUUCCAAAGCCCUAAUAAUCAUCACAACAUGAACAGCCACAGUAGUACCCCGUUUUGGGAUUCUCCAUCAGCAAGUGUGUCUCGUUCGAUCGAAGGCGGUAUCAGAGCCGGUUUCACCAAGCCUCAGCUAGGCCAUGCCCAGGCCCGAUUCAGCCACCCGAAUUUCGAGCAGAAACCCACGAGUUUUCCCAACGCGAUCUCUACAGCAAAGCAACCAAAGAAGGAAGAAGCUGGGAAUAGCAAGGACACGAAAUCUGGGAGCAAGAAGGGGAGUAGUAGUGAGCCAGCCUUCAAGAGGCCAAGAAUCGAAACACCAUCUCCAUUACCAACUUUUAAGGUCCGAAAAGAGAAGCUAGGGGACCGUAUAACUGCCCUUCAGCAAUUGGUUUCACCUUUCGGAAAGACGGAUACUGCAUCAGUCCUCCACGAAGCAAUCGAGUACAUCAAGUUCCUUCAUGAUCAAGUCAGUGUUUUAAGCACUCCAUACAUGAAGAAUGGGAACCCCAUUCAUCAUCAGCACCAACAGAAGGGUACUAAUGCUGAUCACAAAUUGGAUAAAGAAGCACAAAAUCAACCGGACCUCCAAACAAGAGGACUGUGUUUGGUGCCAAUAUCGAGCACUUUCCCUGUCGCCAGUGAGACUACAGCUGAUUUCUGGACACCAACUUUCGGUGGCUCGUUCAGAUAGAUUAAGUCUCACAAAUACAACAAACAUAGAAGCACCUAAUCUAUUUUAGAACGAUAUAUGAGAUCAUCAACCUCAGCUAAUACGAAGACAAGACAUAUAUAGAGAGAGAGGGGGAAGACAGAAUUGGAUUCAAACAAGAAGAAUUUCAUUUCUAACCAUGGGGGACUGAUUCCUAUCUUCAUUUCCAAAUCCCAAAAAGAAGAAAAAAUGAUUACAAGGGUUGGCCCUUUUUAGUUAGAUUAGCUGUAUAUGUGCCACCAAACUUGAGCCUAAAGCUAAAGAGAACAAAAGGGAAAGGGGAAAAAAGGAAACAAAGAGUCAAGGAAAAGGGAGAAUUUUCAUGACCACUGCUGGAGCCACCUGCAAAGCAAAGCUCUGAGUAGGGCACACCAAUCAAGCAAAAUCAUCAGGGUAUGCCUGAGAACCGGUUUUCGGUUGAACCGAUCGUGUAUACGAAUAGGGUAUCAUUUCUAAUUUUCCUUGUAUUUUUUCCCCAUAAGCAUAUGUAUAGUACUGUUAAUUAUUUAUAGUUUGGAAGGGAGAAGAAAGGGUGGAUUCUGUAUAGAAACAGGAACAACAAAAUGGUAAAAAGUUAUUAGUGAUGUUUUUGGAGUUUGGUGUUUUUUAUGAUUUUAGUAAGAGAUGUUUAGCUACAAGUAAGUUAGAUUUGUUCCUGUUGCUGUAUGUAAUUUUGCCCUUUGUAUUUUGGUUAUAUUAAUAUACUAAUUCGGAAAUAAAAAUAUCUCUUUCGGUUGGAA